CCACAUACAGCUACGAAACUUCUGAGCGAUCCAAUCGCUCUGCUACCACCUAUACUCUCAGUUGACGACGUAGAGAAGCUAUUGUCACCUGAAAAUACCCUUUCGAAAAACGAUAGUAACAGAUUAGCUAAUCGAGCACUCAAUGAGGCUAUAUCAUCAAAGAAUCGUGAGAUGUUAGAAUGCGUACUGGGUCCACUAGGAAGACGCUGGGUUGACGUGGACUUGAAUGAUAACGAAGGUUCCCCAAUGAUAGUACUUGCGGCUGCUUCGGUUUGGUUGGAUGGCGUGUCUUUACUCAUCAAGACAGGUGCAGAUGUAAAUGCAUCUGACAGCCAGUCUUGGACUGCCUUGCACUGGGCCACGAUAAAUUCUCAAAGUCAGCCAGACAUUAGUUCACAGAUCAUUGGCCUUCUUCUUCAAAACGGUGCUUCCCCUUUAGUUAAAUCUAACAAAGGUCGAACUGCGAAAGAUAUUGCACCAGCUUCAAAUGACAUAGUUGAACUACUAGAGGUAGCACAAGAGCAAGCUUUCAUUACUCAAUCGAACUCUGACCUCUUUUCCCUCUCACAAGCAUCUGCUACACCUUCACAGUCUGGUAGAAGCAAACAACGAGCUAAAGAUAAGAAAGCAGCUUACGAAAAUUCAGUGUUACGGAAUGCAGCCAAAGAAUUAGACUUUGAGUGCUCCUUAAUUCUCAAAGAAGGUGAAUUAGAUGAGGCCGCAGAAGAAGACGGUGAAGAACUUACUGACAGCUUAUCAAAAACUUUUGACUGGAAUACUUGUUUACCACACCAGAUGCUUAUCAUCAAUUCAGAUCAGGUUAAACAAUCAAUAGAUGCUCUCUUGUCUUUAUCACCGCAUCCUAAGCCAUUGUCUUACGAAAGUUCACCCGCUAGUGCCCUUUUCUUAUGGCAAAGAUAUGCAUUCUACGUGGGUGACCCAUCUGGCGAACUUUCUUCAAUCAUCUUCGACCAUGCGGUCGAAAAUAUUGAACAAACUUUAUUUAACAAUCCCGAGAACCUUCCUCUUCUGGCCUUCUGGUUACAUAACGUGACGCUCUGGUUGUACUUCAUCAAUUCAGAUGCGUCAAUGUCAGAAGAAUGCAAGGACAUGCAAGAUAUACUUUCUGAUUUCACAAAUGAGAUUUACGUUUUCAUCGUUAGAUUAGUUGAAAGGAAAAUGGAUAGAGUUAUAGAACCGUUUAUUUUAGAUUUUAACAGUAUGCCCGAAUUCGAUGAUAUAAGAUUUGACGGUGAAUGGAGAAUUAUGAGGGCUCUCACAAAGCGAAAAGGAAGCGUCAGAAGUCCGAACAAGAAGCCUCCAGGACAUAGACGCAAUGGCGGAGGAAGCUUAUCUAGUAGUAUUUUUGGUAAAACCGGUGGUUCAACAAGUUCAUUUUCAGAUAUAUUUAGUAGUAGUAAUGCAGACAAUAAUAUCGAAACUCUGAAGUCGCCUUCUAUGAACUCAUUUGAUGAUGAAAUGAGAAAUCGACCGCUUGCUUCAGAUGGUGGUAUCGCUCCUUCAGCUUCGCUUGCAUCACUUUCCAAUACCAACGAUGGAGAAGAUAUAAUUAGUGAAAAGUUCAGCAAAGUAAACAUAGAUGAUGUCAACAAUAAUUCACCAAAAAAGGUCACUCAGCUUUUGAAUUCAACACUGAUUGUUCUGGAGUUAUACAAUGUCAAUGAAGCUCUAAUUAUCCAAAUUUUCUCGCAAAUAUUUUAUUGGACAGCUUGUGAAAUUUUCAACAGAAUGAUAACGAACAAGAAGUAUUAUAGUAGAAGUCGGGCAUCAAUGAUCAGAUUGAAUUUAAGUGCUAUAGAAGAUUGGGUAAACAUCAACAAGUUACCUUCAAGUAUAUUUACAUAUCAUUUUGCGACAGUUAGCCAAAUGCUUAGAUGGUUAGGAUGUUUGUCUGCAAUGUCCGAUUUUUCAGCAUUGAUUUCUACUUUACAAACACUCAGGCAGCUCAAUCCAAAGCAGCUUUUUAAAUUACAAAAGGAAUACCGCCAUGAGGCUGGUCCAACAAUUGAGAGUCGUAUGAGUAGUGAAUGUGUAGAGUAUCUGGAACAGUUCGUCAAUGCAUGGGAUUCGCGCAAGAAAACAAGUGAAACGAGGGAAGAUAGUUCAGAAGUACCUCAAAAGACUCAAAAUCAUAUUGAUAACAUAUACCCUGAAAAUCAAUCCUCGAGCAGUGCCUAUGACACUUCGAUAGGACUUGGCUUAGGACUGCAACCGUUGCCUUCCAAUAGUAACGUCUUGAAAGAUGUCUACGUUCCUCCACCAUUACCUGAAAAUUUUAAUGAGCAAGUCGAUAGCAGGUACAUGCUACCAUUUGAAUUACCAACAAAUCACGAACAUUUGCAAUGGCGUAGAAAGCACUCUUUCACGUAUAGACACAUAAGCGCAUUCGAUACACCAAAAAUAUCGUCUCCAGGUUUGCUCAGCGAUGAUGACCACCUCUCAAUUCUCAACUCUCGUCCACCAUCACGUGCUUCCUCCUGUCACUCAACUGGCGUAUAUGGCCAAUUCACAGUAACGCCAGAUGUGCCUGAAGAUAUUCUCGAGUUUGUUGAUAGAUUCGUACAUGAAAGCCUGGAUACCUUAAAAAAUGAACGAUCAUAGAUCCUUAAGUAAUUUUUUGUUUGUAACUAAGCAUUGUAAGUCUUUU